CGCCAAGGGUCUGUGGCAUACAAUGAGCUCUGUGGUCCUGCCCUCGACGGACGACGAAAGCGAGUUUGCUCUCUCCGUCGACCGCACCGAGAACGUACAACCAUCAGCAUCCACACCACCGACGAAGGUAGUCCGCGACACAACGCACAAGGUGUAUUGCCAAGGCGGGGACUGUCGAAAACAAUGGCACCAAGAUGCCCUCGACCCGACCACAACCACGAGCGUCAAGAACUCGACCGACGUCUACAGCCCCAGCUGCUUUAGCCAGCUUGAGGGGAAUCCAUCCCCAUCCCCAGUUCGCUGGCCGUGGAUCAUGUCUUCCUUCAAGUACCCAACCCGCGACGCCAGUCUUGACAAGUACAAGGCCAUCAUGAAGGACUCGCGCGAGCAUCUCGGGCUUCUUUGUUUUGUCGUCAUCUUUUGGCCGCUGACGGGGGGCUAUUUCUACCUCAAGCUGCGAGGGAAACCGCUGCCCGAAGCGACCUAUGACUUGGGUUUGAAAGAUCAUUUGCACUGGAUCAUGGCUGCCGUCUCGCAUCUCCAGUGCUCCUGCUGCUGUGCUUACACUUGGUUCAUCUUGGUGGCCAUCAUUCAAAGCUGCAAGUAUGGAGCCCAAGUGUGGUUUUGGGCACUUCUCGAAGUAUACACAGUCUACUUUUUACUGCUCAACAUCAUGUACGUCGCAGCACCCAUCAUCACUGUCAAGCCAGUACUCGAUAUCAAAUCCAAUUGCCCACCGGUAAGCUCUAAAGCCGCACCACCAACAGCAGUCCAGCAGCCGCUGGCGUCCCGUGCAUCGCCGCACGACGACAACAACGCCCUUGUUCUGCCUGUCGCUGGCCUCGGCUGCGUGGAGUACCUCUUGGCCUCGCUUCCCAAUACAUAUCUAAUCGCCAAGGUCGGCGAAGACGUCGAAGCGCUUGUCUUUACGGGUGCUGAUGGCCAGGCAUUGCCGGUUGACACCGCGCCAAGUGCGUUUGCGACGCGGGUCAACACUAUUGACCCGCGGGUGUGUUUAUAUCGAGCGUGUCUCAGUAUCACCACCGUCGUCGUCGUCGGCUUGAACAUCUGGCUCAUGCUCUCGUGGGUCACGCACGCGUGGCCGUCGCAAGACUUUGGGAUCCCGAUUGACUCUUUGAUCCAGCUGCCCGCCAACGUCCACUACAACGUGGCUGGCACCAUGACUGAUAUCUGUCAACCGAACGAUGAUGGAACGUUCCGCGCAGUGUGGAACUUGGCCUUGACGCCGACGCCGAGCAUCAUGAACGGGCUCCCGACCAUCGAGCUGAGCUUUGCGACAAGGCUCCUCGACCCAGUCUAUUUCACAGAUCUCGCCGUUGGAACGCUUCGGCUCGUGACGCAGGACACGUACUCGAUGACAGUGCGCCCGGCCGUGAACCAACAAAACGUGACGAUCCGGGCGUCCUUUGGCAACGUCUCGAGCUGCGACGACAUCGCCACUCUGCUAGUCCUUCAUUCAACGACGUAUUCGCAAAAAUCACUUCAAGACCGUCUGGAGGCCGCACCACGAGGCCUGGCACUGCUGCCCACAUUGCUUCUGGUGAAGUACUGCUUUCAGAUGCUCGUCGUCGCCGGCAUUGUCGGGUACUCGUCGCUCCAGAUCUUGUCGCUCUGGCUGCAAUUUGACGCGCUCACUAAAAAGGUGGAUCUGACGCUGCACCAGAAUCUAGACGUGUGGCACCGACUCCGCCAUCGUGUGUUUAAGGUUGUCACCUUCUACACCGAGUUUGUGACGGCGCUUAUGUCGAUUGCGCUCGCCCAGCUUGCGGUCGCUUUUGGUGGUCUCGUCAUCUACUGCCUCAGCGGCGUCGCGCCACUGCCCGGCUACUAUCUUUUGAUUCUAACAAUGGUCGGGUCGCUCUCGACGCUGGCGUUUCUCUUGCCAUUGGCCAAGGCGCUCGACAUUCAAGCCAGCCACGAGGCGAAGCUCCACGCCUUGCUCUUGCAACUGCACCACGAACGAGAGCGGCGCUAA